UGUCCGAAGCUUGGACUGCCUGAACAGCCAACUGUCCAGUCAGCCGAGUGUGUGAUUGUUUACUCGUGUGCGUUGCAAGUCAGUGCGAGCGAGUGACGUGCGUCUGUGUGUUUUGUGUUCUCGCGAACGCGGUGCGCGUCUCGCUCGGGCGUUAAAGUAGAAGCAGCAGCAGCAGCACACAGUGUUGUGGCGUGAGGCUGGUUUGCAGGCGAGGUUCUCCGCGACUCGACGAGCCAACUCUAUCUCUCUUCUUUCUGCGCCAGUGUAAAGGCGCUCUGUGCAGAAAAGAGGAGGCGUUUUAGCAGCAGCGAACGCGCGCGCGCUCUAGGAGUAGUAGUUGGCUAGUUCAGUGAAGUUUCUGCCGUGGCUGCCUGCCUCGAUCUCGACCGUCGUGUAGUUAUGUUAUAGGCUGCUACGCUGCCCAGUGUCCGUGUGUGCCAGUGUUGUCACGAUAAUCACGGCCGACCUCAACGGAUUUGCGCUAUUUUUCUCCUGGAAGUUUUUGAAAACUGUGCAGGACACAACGAAGCUCGGCCAAGCCGCGACGAACCAGGUAGAUUUUUCCCGAAUCCUCGAGCAAGAAGGGAGAAGCCGCGGCUAUCGGGCCAAGAGUGUUGCUGCUGACUCGAGUCCGCAGUGUACCGCGAGUCAUCUGUAUAUAUCGCAUCGGCCGUGCACUGCACAGUGCAGCAGCGCAUACACACGGCAGCUCCGACCCGAGUGAGCGAACGGGUGAACGGGCAAGCGAACGUGAACGAGAAAGAAAGAGAGAAGCAAGAGUGCUUUUAUAUGUGCGUGCGUCGAGGAGGGCCGCCGCCGCCGCCGCUACCGCUACCGCUGCCGACAACAACGACGACGACGACCAAACGAGAGCGACGUUGAAAACGCCUUCUACUCGUCGAUCGCAGGGACUCGCUGCAUAGGAGUCGCGAUUAGUUUUUUUUCACGAGAGAGAUGUGCAUGCGAACUGGCUUUUAAAGCUGGUUGCACGCCAACUAGCCGGAGCUAGCAUAACGCGCGGCAGCGAUGUUUAUUCACUGGAGGCGGCGCUCGAGGCCAUCUUCGCCCAGGAGGCAGCAACAGUAGCUACAGGCUCAAUUAUCGUAGCUAAAAACCAAGUGCCAUGGACGAUGAAGAGCGCCUGGAAGGCGAGGAGGAAAUGGAGCUCGACGAUGCUUCCGAAGGUGAAGACGACGACGAGGAUAACGCGAGCAUUCCCAUUUCCCCGGCCAAUUCAGACCAGCUGCUUGGUCCAGCACCCAACUCAGGUAGCCAGUACCUGAAUUUCAAUGCAGAGAGCAUUAAUGGCAAUGCUCAUGAUGUAUACAACAUUACUCCUGAUGAAGUAAUCAAUGAUCCAAUACGUUUUCAAAAAUUUCCACUACCAGGUGGGAAGCCUCUACACAUUAGACGAGGACCAGGACGGCCAAGAAAAGAGCGUCCUCCUGGAGCCCCUCGUGGUACAGGCGUACGAAGAGGAAUGGGAAGGGGAUCGGGUAGAGGAAAGGGUUUUGGAUAUGGAAGAGGAAUUCCUCGUAGAACGAAAAGUAAAGAUGAGGAUACCAAUUCAGAAUCACCAAGUCCUAUGAGACUUGGUGACGAUGCUUCUGUGGAUGGAGAAUCUUCUAGUCUGGAUAGAGUUAUGCCAGCUCCAGAAGAGCCACCAUAUUUUCCAGAAAAAUGGCCGGGAAAAGUUUGUGCCCUGUGCAAUUUAAGUGAAAGGAGUCAGUUAGGUCAAGGUGAGCUAUUGAGACUCACAAUACCUGAAGGAUUUUCUCCUGAAAAAAGUACCACUUGUCAAGAGAAUACAGAAAGUCUUGCAAAUGUGCCUGUAGCUGGUGAUAAAAGUCCAAGAGGUAGCAGUAAUCUUGGCGCUGUUACAUGUCGUAGACAAAAAAGUUUAGCUAAAUGCAGAAAUCCUAGUCUAACAAAUUUUUCUGAACCUGUUGAAGAAUUGACAAUUGUUGGUUAUUUGGAGGAACCUGACUUGGGAAUGAUUUUUGAAUCAACAGGUUUUUAUUAUGUUCACCAAGCUUGUGCUGUUUGGACCAGUUUGAACCAAGAAAUAUCAACAGAAGUUACUAGUGCUGCUAUUGUACCAGCUACAACUCGGCGAUGUUCAUACUGUUCUCACUUUGGAGCAGGCAUUUCUUGCAAAGUACAAUCGUGCAAUCGUUAUUAUCAUUUUCCUUGUGCAGCAGCAUCAAGCUGCUUUCAAGAUGUCAAAAGUUUGUCAUUAUUUUGUAGUUCUCAUUUAGGACAAGUUCCGCUGUUGUUAAAUGAAGAUGGAGAGAGAAUAAAAUGCAUGACCUGCCAAGGUAUGGGUGAUGUAUCCAAUUUGGUAAUGUGUUCGAUUUGUGGUGAACACUAUCACGGUAAUUGCGUCGGAUUGUCCUUAAAAUCGAGCGUUCGAGCGGGAUGGCAGUGUGUAAAUUGCCGCCUUUGUCAGGUAUGUCGACAGCCCGAGGAACUGGCUAAGGUGAUGAUCUGUGAAUGUUGUGAUAAAGCUUAUCAUCCUAGUUGCCUGAGGCCAAUAGUAACCUCUAUACCAAAGUAUGGUUGGAAAUGCAAAUGCUGUCGAGUUUGUACCGAUUGUGGCUCGCGUACACCGGGCGCAGGCCUCUCGUCGCGUUGGCAUUCUCACUACACAGUUUGUGAUUCAUGUUAUCAGCAGCGAAAUAAAGGCUUUUCUUGUCCAUUGUGUAGAAAAGCCUAUCGCGCUGCUGCUUAUAGAGAAAUGGUUCAAUGCUUCUCUUGUAAAAAGUUUGUUCAUGGUACAUGUGACUCUGAAGCUGAUCCAUUAACUUAUCAAAUGCGUAAAGAAUCUAAGCCGGACUACGAGUACAUUUGUCUUCAUUGUAAGAACCUAGCGCUGGUGAAAAGAAAAGACAACAUUGAAGAUUAUGGAGGUGAAUCAAGUCUCACAGCUUCUCAGGAGAGCCUGUACUUUGACGGUGAUUCCUCCGAAAUGGACUACCAAACUACUAAUGAUGAAGCCUUAUUCUCCAUUGGUUUGGGUAAAGGAAAACCUUUUUGUGCCUCUAAAAUAGCGAAGAAAAGACUAGGGCUCGGUGGUGGCUUAGUAGGUCGACCAAAAGGAGUUGGCAAGUUGGGCUAUCAAAAGCGACAGAAAAUGACCGAGUUUGGUCGGAAAAGAGGACCAAAAGCCAAAAUGCGAGGUGUCUUUGGAGUGCCAGGCGUUGGUUUACAGCGUCCGUCGGCGGAUUCGUCAAAGGAGGAUGAACCUGGGGUAGAAAAUCGCUUAGUAUUGUGCUCGAGCAAGGACAAAUUCGUCUUACCUCAAGACCUGUGCGUCAUGUGCGGGGCUGUUGGAACAGGCACAGAAGCUUGUUUGAUAUCCUGCGCGCAGUGUGGUCAAUGCUAUCAUCCCUAUUGUGCGAAUGUCAAGGUCACCAAGGUAAUACUCACAAAGGGUUGGCGUUGUCUGGACUGCACAGUUUGUGAAGGCUGUGGUGAGCGCAACGAUGAGAGUCGACUUAUCCUAUGCGACGAGUGCGAUAUUAGCUAUCACAUCUAUUGCAUGGAUCCUCCUUUAGACACGGUCCCAAAAGGCAAUUGGAAGUGCAAGUGGUGCGCCGUAUGUUUGACCUGCGGAUCAGCCGAUCCAGGCUUCAACAGCGUAUGGCAAAAGAAUUACACAAUGUGUGGACCCUGCGCAUCUCAUAGCAUGUGUGCUACGUGUGGCGACGUUUAUAACGAAGGUGAUCUCAUUAUUCAGUGCGAGCAAUGCGAGCGCUGGCUGCAUGCGCUAUGCGAUGCCAUCAAAGACGAAGCGGAGGCUGAGAAAUGCGCCGAGCAGGGCUACAGCUGUAUUCUCUGUCGACCUCGCGAUGUACUCCCUCCUCAUCUUCUUAUUACCAUGCAGCAACGCCAACAACAGCAACAGCAGCAGCAGCAGCAACAGCAACAGCAACAACAGCAACAACAACAAAAAACGCAAAAUCAAAUUCAGACGCAGAGUCAGAUGCUAUCGACUAAAUUUUCACUUGCAGCCAGGUUGCAAGGCUCAACACCACCAGCGACAAGGUCUAGCAGUCCGGAAAGUGAAAAUCGAGCUCUAUUACUGCCUGCAUCUCAGCAACCAAGCUAUCAAUUGGAGGGGACGGUUUUAUCGGAAGCAGGAAUGGCUCAUAUAAAGCUUCUCAUGGCUGAAAAUCAAAUAGGACGUAAGAAACGUCGGAAAAAAGAUGCACCUGUUGAUACAGAAGCUGAUAUUAUGGCAACGAUUGAGUCAGUUGUAGCCGGCGGUAGUCUCGAUAAUUCACUGGAAGAUGGAAAACUUGUUGAACUCGUGGACCUUAAAGAUCCAGACCAACAAGUAUAUAAAGAAGGAAUGGUUUGGGCUGCAAGAUCCGACCAACCACCUCCAGAAGGAUUCAGUCUUUACACGACUGAGAAUGGCGUAUCAGUGCUGCGACGUAAGCGCCAACGAAAUCUUCAGAAACUCGGCAUUGGCGGUUUUGUCGUGCGAUUGCGUGGCACGCGCAAAGAAAAAGAAGACGAUGCAGCACCUGAUGGACCGGCUAUUAAUGAGACAAUAUUAGGUAGCGAUGAUAAACCCAAACGCAAAACUCAACGACGGAAAAAGACCAAACUAGCUGAGAGUUUUCCACAAUAUAUGCAGGAAGCUUUCUUUGGUCGCGACCUUAUGGAUAUAACCAAAGAUAAAGAUUUUGAGAGUAGUAGCGAUGACGAUAGUGAGCGAAACUCGACAACAAACGUUCCGCCCACUCAACCGGCAUCCGACACUAUUCAGCUUUCUCGCGAUGAACUGAGGGUCAUGGAACAACUAAAGACCAAACAGGAACAAAUCGAGGAAGCCAAGGCUGCACCACCGACCGUUGCUGCUCCUACGAGCGCAACCAGAUCCGUUAAUCUAGUUGAGCAACAACAGCCGACACCGCAACAAGCAGUCAAACGCGAAGAUUUGAUCAAAGAAGAAGGUGUCAGUGAUACAGAAGCCCUUGAUGACAUAUUGCCUAUGUCGAGCGAUCUUCUUGAUAACGAUUUGGUUGACACAAUUAUGAACGAACCGGAAGAAGACUUAGCUAAAGCCGCCACAGCCUGGGAGGCACUCGAUAAUACUGCUGAAAAUGCAAAGGAUGAGCUUCCUGACAUUCUUAGUCCUAACUUUAAUCUGGAAUCGAUGGUCCCCGAUGCUGGUCUUACUAAUAUUGCUGGUCAGGAUGUGGAGGAAAUAUUCAAAGGCGUCUUGAACGACGAAUCGCAAGAUUCGCGUGAGUCUUGUAAUUAUCCUGGACAAGUGCAGACUCCGCAGACCCCGUCUUCCACUGCAACUUUGAUACCUCAAUCUCCUCAUCCUGCUACUCCGCAACAAGUAAAUUUACCGCUAGCCAGGCCGCAAAUGCCGCCUAGUAUAAACAAUGCUGCACUUACAAAUCUCAACUCGCCUAUGAGCUUCCCACCACCUUCGCCAUAUCAUUCGGAGUAUAGCAAUAGUCCAACAUUCAGUCCUGCGUUUUCGGAACCACCCAGUCCAUGGGUGAACCCCGAAGAUGAGACUGGAGCUCCUGCAAAUACUCCGGCUGCAAUUUCAUAUAAUCAAAAAACUAGCAUGAAGAUGGAAGCUGACGAAGCUUUAGGUGCCAAUGCAACUGGAGCAUCAGUCUUGUAUGCAAAUAUGAAACAUCCUGAUUGGAAAACUGAAUAUCCACUUUGGGCAGACCGUUACAAGCAAAUCGUGAAAAAGUGGCGAUCCCUUCCAAGCGAAACAAAAUCAGUGUUCGUGAGUCAGGCUCGUGAAAAUCGAGCAGCCGUUCGCAUGAAAAAAGCGCAACAGAUACCAAAGGAUGGAGCAGCAGGCAAACCCUCCACAUCUAUUGUUAUGUCAAACACGACGACGAUCGUUAAAACACCGGCGGCCUCGCCAGCACCUUCACCAGCAGCUAUAAAAACGACGGUUCAGCAGCAUCAAAAAUCGAAACAAAUCAUCAAUGUUGAUGUACUUAAAGACAAGCCGCAAAACCAACUGCAACAACAACUGCAACAAACUCAGCAACAAGUCGUUCUUCAGCAGGAACAAAUUCAACACCUGCAGUCACAACAGCAGCAACAGGAUAAGCAACAAAUUGCGGAGCUCAUCUCCAAUUUCCACACCACCUUCAUGUUCACCGAAAACUCCACUUAUCCCUGGCACUCCACACAUUUCUUCUUCGUCCUCAUCGUCGUCUUCAUCUUCAUCCUCAUCCUCGUCCUCGUCUUCUCAUCAUCAUCUUCUUCAUCUUCUUCUUCCUCUUGCUCCUCAAACUCUUCUAAUUUUUCUUGCUACGAUGUUACUGCUGUCCUAGUGCAGCAAGAAAUCACAGCAACAAUUUCGCACACAAACAUCAACGUCAGCAUGACUAACAGUAACACACAACAAACAGCGGCGCAGCCGCGAAAUGCUGGCGUUACGGCACAAACACAUCAGCUAACACAAUCGCAAGCACUGUUGAGUAGUAGUUUGGGUGGUAGUCCAAGCAACGACAGCUGUCAGUCAGUUCAAGGAGUAGUUGGAACUGCAACCGCUACUGCUGCUGCGCCGGCGGCUACGACUAGCAACGGCGCCACCCGACAAUUAUCCUCAGUAGACCACCAGAUUAGAGUGCUCACACCGUCCGAAAUAAUGCGCACCCUUCCCUCCCUCUGCCAGGAGCACUACGACCCACCACCACCACCACCAUCACAACCCACUGCAAUAAAUCACAAUGUUGUACCUGUUGUACAGACCCCGGUUAUGGAGCAAGAAAAACUAUCUAAUAGAGAUCGAUCAACCAGAGAAGCAGAGCAAGAAAGGCAAUGGAAACAGCUCCAAGCAUUGCGUCAACAACAACAACAAUUACAGCAACAAGUUAUUCAUGAUCAACGUGCUCAUGCUAUUGCUCGCGUGCAACGUCAAAUUUCUGACGAUGGUACACCUCUACUUAAUAACGACGGUACACCAGUCAUAACUCAACAAAUAGUUCAGUCUGUACAAGAUCCCAAUAUGGGACACGUUCAAACUGGAGUACGUCAAUUUAUAGCGCCAACUAUGAAAACUGUCGGCCGAGGUGUAAUGCAACAAAACGUGCACCCAGGAAUGGUUGCACAUCCCGGUGGUGGACGUUUACCUGUUCAACAAACACAACAAAAUAUUCAGCAACAGCAAGUUCAACAGCAACAACAACAACUUAUACGAAUUAGGCAAGUUGGAGCUCAAGUGCAGCUGACGCAACAGCAACAACAACAGCAACCACCGUCACCAUUUUCACCGCAGGCACCUCAGUCUCCUCAUGAUUUUCCGCAAUCACCUGCUACUCAAAUUCAGCAGCCACAAGCCGAUUCAUUUCGUAGUUAUGAAACCGGAACCGGUCCUACGACUCCGACUUCGUACUCAAAUUCUCCGCGGGCUGACGUUUUUCAACCGGGACCUGGAAAUACACCGAGGCCUGUUUUUAAUACGCCACAGCCUACGCGAGCUCACGUUUAUACACCUGCACGAGUUGGAGAGCCAACUUACGCAAUUGCGAAUCAAGCGCCUGUCCAGGGACAGCAAAUGCAGCAGCAACAACCUGUAUCUCCAGCAACACCCAGCCCUGUAGGCAAUUAUUUAUCGCCUAGAGGACCAGAGCAAUCUACUGAUAUUUUUACUGGUCAUCAAUCGGAUGUUAAUGUACAGCUGCGUGACUUGUUACAGCGGCAACAACAACAGCAACAACAACAACAACAACAACAACAACAACAACAACAACAACAGCAGCAACAACAGCAAGAUAUUAAGCCGAUAAAUCAAAAUUGGAAUCAAAACACCUCAGUCGUACCUGAAGGUAAUCAACAACAAUUUGAUUCCAAUCAUGCACAGCAGCAAAUGCAAUCACAUACAACUCAACCUCAGAGCAAUUCAGCUGACGGCACUUUCAGACAACCUCUGCCGCCGAGCUCAGUACGGCCACGAAUGCCGAGCCAAUCUAACAUUCUCAUACGUAAUUUAGUCGAUCAACUUUGUAAUCCAAUAUUCUAUAACUCAGGAAUGCCUCCCAGACAUCCUGGGGUCUCAAAUCUCGAUAACAAUGUCCGAGUGCAAGGAAUAGACCCGAGAACUAGAAUGCUCAUGCAACGAGCACCAGUUGCUACAAAUGUUCCGCAACAAUUCCAAAAUAAUCAGAUCAUGCAGCCUCGUAUGGCUACACCAAGACCACCGAUGAUGGUAGAUCAGCAUUACGAUGUUUUACAGCAACGUUUUGAUGAUUCGAAUCAAGUACAAAGUAUGAAUCAAGUACAAAAUAUAAAUCAAGUACAAAACAUGGGACAAAGAAUGGUUAGGCCAGGUCAACAUAAUCCCAUGAACCAAGGAUUACGCAUGAUGAAUCCUGCUCCAAUGGUUAGACCCCCAAUCCUACCUACCGUAAAUGAAGUGAAUGUUACCAUGUCUGAAACAUCUGAAAUUCCGGAUAACGUGACUGAAGAAUUAGAAAAACUUAACAAAGAAUUAGAACAAGAAGGAGCACCUAUGGUAGAAGUUGAAAAUGUUAGUGCAAUACUCGGUGAUCUCGCUGAUGACGACGAUGAACUUUUGGCGGAAAUGGGGGCAGAUUUCAACAUUCUUGAAUAUGCUGAUCCGGAAUUAGGCCAAUUACCAGGUGGCGAAAAAACAAACAUUCUCGAUUUGGAACUUGAGCAUGACGAACUUGAGCCUAAAGGUGAGAAGCAGAAAAAAGACAUCAAAGAUGACGAUCCUAAAGCCAAAAAUCUUGAUGGUCUUGAAAUGGCGGGAAACAACGCUAGACAAACUCCAAAUCUUCCACCAAAUGCCUUAAAUCAGGCACAAGCAAUGGCUCCAAUUCCAUCCAAUACUGUUCCACAACAACAACAGCAGCAGCAGCAACAAGUUGGUGUAGUGCAACAACAAUCGCACUCUCAAUUAUCUAUGGUUCAACAACAAAUGCAUCAACACGUGCAACAUGCCGCAUCUGUUGGAAGACCCAUAAUGCCAGGAACAAGAUUGUUAUCUCCAGACGGAGCUGUUGGUGUAGUUACAUCUACAAACUCAGUGACAGUUAGUUAUCCAAACACAUUUGGAGGUCAGCCUCAACGCAUGCCCCAACCUCACUUACAAGUACAACAACAGCAACGCAUGGGAAUGAGAGUUUCAGGAGCUGUACCUAACAUGACAGGCAGAGUUGUAUCCGUUGGUCCUAUGUCUGGACCCAGGAUGCCGUUAGCUCCACCACCGCCGCCUCCAUAUCCUGGCCCACCGCCACCUUAUCCUGGACCAUCACAGAUGGGUCUAUGCCCAAGUGAUCGGGGUUUGCCGCGGCCCUCAAUGCAUAUGGGGCAAACUGUGCCUGUGGCAGGCUCACCAAUGACCCCUAUGGUUCAUUCUGGUGCUUCAUCAAUAACUCCCCAUCCUCACCGAAGACCCUUGCUUCUGCAGGAACAGCCUUUGCUUCUGGAGGAUCUCUUGGAACAAGAAAAGCGCGAACAAGAGAAACAACAACAACAGCAGCAACAAGUCGAUACAACUUCUACCGGCCCUGCACUUAUGAGCGAUCUUGAAUUCGAACGUCUACGGGAAGAUGUAUUGGGUUCAGGUCAGCUAAAUUUACCUGUGCAAAAUAUUAAUCAAAUGCCUACACCAGUGAAUCAGCAAGUCAGGCCGAUGAACGUAACCAGACCGGCUAAUGCAUUAGUUCAACAAAAUUGGCAGCAACCCGUUGCCGAGCCCGGUAAAGUCGUCGUUCAAACCCAGAGGCCACUCGUCACCCCACAAACUUCCACAGAACCGAGAAUAUCGACGUUCAACAUACCUCAGCUGCCAGCACCUCCAGCACCUCCCGAGAAUAUCAUAACGGAACAAGAUAGACUCACGCAGUUACAGUACGAGCAGUGGCUGAACCAUCAGCAUCAAAUAUUGACUCAACAACAGAAGUACUACGAAACAGAAGUUCAAAAACUUCGGAAGGUUAGAAAAUCUCUUAAUAGCAAACAAAGACAAUGUCGUAAAUCAGGUAACGAACUGUCGGAAAGUGAUGCUGCCGAACUUCAAAGAAUUUCUAGCGAGCAAGCAAUAUUCCAAAAGCAUUUAGAAUCUAGUCGCAAGCAAAGUAGACACCAUACCAUGUUGAUGUCAGAAUAUCGAAGCAAGCAACAGCCACAGCAACAAGCACUACCUAAGCCCAUGACACCUCAAGGACAACAAGCUAACGAAUCAUGCUCUCCGCUAAUGUCUCCAUCGCAACAGUCGUCGCCUAUGCACAGUCCGGCUACGAUGAUGAUUCCAAGUCCGAAUCCCAGUAGUGUAUCGACUCCGGCAAUGCUGCAACAUUCACCAGCUGCCCAAAUUCUGCAACACAGUCCUGGACAUCCGCAAUCUAUGUCACCACAUAACAACAUGCAGCAGGCUUCUCCACGAAUUGGUACACCACUUUCACAGCCGCCUGAGGAAAGUCCAUUCAGUCCCGGUACGAUGCCAUCUCCUGGCAUUCCAGGCGGUCCACGUAUGACUUCACCACAGCACAGAACCGUAGCGACCAAUCGCUUAACGGCGAGCCCAGGGGCGAUGAUCGGUCUUGACGGCCAACAACAAGUUCGCAUGCCUCAGCAAAUGCAUAUGCAAAUGCAGCAGCGAUUUGUGCGUCCCGGAGAUGCUCAACAGCGUCCUCGGAUUCAAAUGCAGCAAAAUAUGAUGUAUGGACAACGCUCUCCACUUGGCAGUCCACAACCGGGACAGCAGCCAAUGAUGACUCAACAGCAGCACCAACAAAUGCUUCAGCGUCAGCAAAUGAUUCAGCAACAGCACGUAGUAGGAAACCCUCAGAUGGCUCAAGCACCGAUGCAGCAGAUUAUGCAGCAACAACAGCAACAGCAACAAUUAGUUCAACAACAGCAGAUGAUGCAAAAAGCACCGUCUUCGCCGAUGGUUGCACAGCCAGCCUCUUCGCCUAGCCCACAACUGCAUUAUAAUCAACCCCCAAGCUCACCAUUGGCUCGAAGCCCUAUGCUUCAGCCGACAAUGGGCUCUCCAAUGCUGCAGCAACAGCUCAGCCAGUCAUCGCAACCAUCAAGUCCAAUGAACAGAGUUUCAAAUCAUCCGCCAAAUUCCCCUAUGGUUCCAGUUCAGUACCAACCACCUAGCCCUCUGUCGAGAAAUCACCCAUCUACGUCACCUAUGUUGCAUCAAAUGAGUAACGCGCAUCAUCAAUCAGCUUGUCAAACACCAAGUUCGCCCAUGCCUCGCAGUCCCAUGGUAAGCGGUUCUCCGAUGCAAAUCCAACGCAGACAAUCAACUGGUAACAGUCCAGCCAUGCCUGACCGACCUCAAAGUGUCGAAAAUCCUGGCACCCCGAGAACACCUCACUCUGCUUACAGCUCUCAAAACUCUAGCAAUCAUUCGAUGAGCGAGCAGCAGCACUUGCAACAACAAACAUCUCAACAAAAUUUGCAACAAGUCUUCCAACAACAACAACAGCAGCAGCAGCAGCAAAUCAUGCAUCAAGAUACAAACAUGGAUAGAGGUGGAGGUAAUCCGCACAAUCCGAAUAACCCGAUUCCCUUGACGACAUUGUUCGGUAGAUACGGUUUUUUCAAACCUGGUCUUCGAGGUGGUUCGCCCAUGUGGUCUGCCAAGCCAGAAUCUAGUAAAACCAAGGUCUCGGAAAAUUCGGACGAAAAGCCAAAUACUUCGGCUAUGGUCCAUCGUAAAACCGGAAUUGCACAAUCAAAGAUAAAUUCUCUCGUUUGUGCCGAUUAUAACGAUUUUGACGAUGACUCUCAUACACCACCCCAAACUCCACCUACUACAGUUGAACCGAAAGCUACUACAUCAUCUAUAGUAAACAGCAACAGUAUGCUAACUCUAGCCAGUCCUAGUGAUAAAGUUGAGUCGCUUCCUGAUACGACGGAUUACGAUGACGAUAAAACUAUACUCAAUACCGAAAUUACUCUGAGCUCUGCCGCUCAAAAAGAUAGCGACGAUAUCACUGUAAUCGACAACUUUGGCGAUUCUGACCUAGACGUCAUCGGCAGUAGUCUCGAAACAGAAAUGCAAGAGGAAUAUGUUUUAUUUGAAUCUGAUAUGGUUUUGUCAGUCGAUAGUAACGAUUCACUUAGUCAUGCUUUGGUCAGUGGCAAUGACGAAGGACACGAUUUGGUACAAAUUUUAGAAAUUCAGCAACAAGAUGCACCUAAUGAAGACGAUGUUUUUGAAGCAGAUCUUAUAUCUCAAGCAACGAGAAAUAAGAAAAGUUUACACCUGGAUAUCGUGCGAGCAAUGCCAAUUGGUAAACGCGUGGUUACAAUAACGGAUACGCCUGAGUCACCUGACAGGGAUGAUUUAUCCGUCGACCCGUCUAGUAUUUUCUGUUCCGAUCAAGAUCUACUGGCUUCUCUUUCUGGAUCUGACAUUGUAAUUCUCGACCCAGAAUUAAAAUCUCCUGAAACAUUACCUAAAACUUCUGUCGAUGAAGAAAUUUUGGAAAAUCAUUCUCUUGAUGAGACAAAAGUAAAAGAUGAAACUAUUAUUAUUGAAACUACUGAAACAAAACCGAUCAUUGAAGAAAUCAAAGUAGAAGACAUAGUACACGAGAAAAAAACGUUUGGUCCUUUCACUUUUAGAGAAAAAUUUGGUCAAUUAUCGUCUUCUAACUUACAGCAAGUGAAUGUUGCUAUAGCCAAGCCUUUGACUGCUGCUACAUUUUCAAAAUCAUCUACGGCUACAGAUGUGAAGUACACAAAAUCUAACGCUAAGUCUGCUGUGACAGUCCAAAAGUCAACAAUAAUGAAAGACUUACUAACCAAUACAGUUACAGAAAAACCAAAACAAACAGCUCCAUCACUGACUAUGUCCAGUAUCGUAUCUGAUCCAAAAAUAGCAGCCAAGCUUUGUCAGAGUACUUCUAAAGCUAUUUCUGCUGGCAGUAUUGCAUUGGGAAAAAUUAUUUCGAAAAAUGAAGAGGCACAAUCCAAACAUUCAGCGAAUUUAAAACAUUCAAUUAUUAAAGUAUCUCAAAGUCUGUCAAAUAUAUCCGAAAAAAUCACCACUUCUUUAGCUGCUACUCACGCCAUAUCAAUAACAGACAAAAUUGUUACGAUACCUAUGCAACAAGUAUUGAACAAAAGUAUCACUCCUUUGAAAUCUUUAGACAAAUUUAAGACUCACACAUCGCAAGUAAAACUUUCCCUUCAGCAAUCUUUAUUGGCAGGUCAACAAAUAACUAUUGCUGAUUCGAAAAAACCAGAAAUGUCAACAUCGGGUACAACAGCAAAAUCAACCGAUACUUGCGACGGUAGGACUAGUGUGACAAAAGAUACAAAAUUAGAAGAGAAAAAUGUUGUUAAUAAAGCAGAAGACAAGUCAAUAAAAACGGCAUUUGAAUCAAAUAUGGAUUAUUCUGCUUCUCAGUCGGAUACAUCGAACGAUAAGAAAAACGAUGCGUUGAAUACAACUGAUGAAUUAGAAAGCAUGUUAGAAGCUAUCCAUAAUCCAUCAACAGGAGGUCAGACGAGUAUAAAUGGUGAAAAAAACAAAGCUGAUGUCCGUAAUUUAAAGAGAAUGUCUCCAGUUACUGAUGAUAUAUCUCUUGUUAAUAUUUUGGAGUAUGAUGUUGAGCCACGUGAUUUCAAGGCAAGUGACUUGGUAGGAGCUUCGAAUUCAGAAAAAUAUGAUCCUGUAGAAGAGCAAUUGAAAGCCAUGGAAUCAAAAUCAGAUAAUGAUAAAAGAAAAGAUUCGUCUGGAACGAAAAAUGAUCAAACUGAAUUGCAAGCUGGAGGUGAUAAAACCAAUACGGAAGAGUCUUCUGAUGACAUUUUAGACAUGUUGCACCAUAUUAUCACGUCAAAACCUGAAAUGCAUGACGAAAAAACGCAUAAAUCAAGUUUGAUAUACCAACUUGAGGCACCACUAGAGUCAUUACCUUUGGACAUAUUACAAGGAGACGUCGAAACCGAAGCAGCGUCUAGUGAGUCAAUUGAUUCUGAAAAUGCAUCGAGUAAAGUCAUGAGCCAAACUAACGAAGAUUCUGUUAUGUCAUCGGAUAAAAAUCAAAAAGUUGUUUCUACAGCUGUUACAAGUUCAGUGUCCCAGACGCAAAAUACAACAGCAGUUCCUCAUCUCUCGCCUCUGUCACAACCUACAGAGAUUAAAUCCAAUACCGAGAAUGCAAGCGAUCAAUUAAGGUCUUUACUGUCAUCUUUACACCCAAGCUCGUCACAGCAGCAGUCUUCGAACAAAUCCGGACGUUUGACAUGGUCUUUUGCUGAAAUUCCAAAAGCCACACCGAGUACGAGUGCUUCUUCUGUGAAGGCCAGUAAUGCCAUGCUGAAUGCCAUGUUAUCGAGUACUAUACAACCAGCGAUGCUUCUUACAUCAAAACCAAUGAUCAUCACGAAUAGCACAAACACAACAGACUCAGAUGCAUUCGCGUACGAUCGAUUCAAUCAAAUGUUGCGAAACUCUCGUGGUACGAAUCAAACUACUACCACUACGGUUACAACAACCACGACGAGUAUUUUACAAUCGACUCUGUCUCAAGCUCCAACUUCAUCGCAUUCUCAAUAUAAGUCCUCGCUACCAAUUGAUCAUAAAACAAAUGUGGACCCUGAUUCUACUGGAUCGAAUAAAACUGCAACAGCGACAACAACUUCAAAAAUGUCAAACGAAAAAUCUUCGACUAAAUCUGACAAUACUGAUGGCAACAAAUCAAGUACAACACUUAGAAUGGAAGAUUCGCAAAAUGUUUUGCUUAAAAAAUUAUUACAAACAACUUGUGAUUCUCCAUCAAUAACAAGUAGUUCAACUGCAAGUGGUAAUUUUCCUAAUGUACCGUCUUUGGAGGCACAAUUAGCUAAACCGGUGCCUCCUACACCGUCAUCUUUGAUACCGCCACUUGAUGAAAUUCCACCAAAUAAAACGCCGGUAACGACAACCAAACAAAUUCUAAGCCGAGAAACGUCAUUUUUGUCACACAAUGUAAAGCCACAGAGUCCUUUAACUAAUGAAGAACCUACAGCUAAACCAACAGCAAUGGUUACUGCUACCCCAACAUUGUUGAAUACUUUGACAAAGCCAACUGUUGAUGCGUCUGGUAAAUCUUCACCUCAAAUAAAACCACCAACUUCGUCGAUAACGUAUCAGCAGAGUGUAACACAACAAACUCAGCUUGCUCAAAAACCUGUUGCGACAACAUCGUCGAUUUUGGCCGCGCAAAUUGAAAAACCGAUAGUAUCAGUUCCGCGACAAGAAACAUCGCAAGUUACGAGAGUUAGCUCAAACAUUGAGAUGAACGCCAACGCUCAAGUGUUAAAACCUCAAACGACAUCAUCAUCUACAAAUAAUCAAUCUCAAAGUAAACAGUUGCAGAUAGAAAUGCGCAAGCCCCCGAUUCAACAGCAGGCACCACCGCUUCUACAGCAUCAAAUGACAAUAAUGCAGCCACAAUUACAGCAACAGCAACAGCAGCAACAACAACAACAACAACAACAACAACAACAACAACAACAGCAACAACAGCAACAACAACAACAACAACAACAACAACUUCAGCAGCAGCACCAACAACAACAGCAAAAACAACAGCAACAACAACAGAAACAGCAACAACUUCAACAACAGCAACACCAUCAAAUGACUCAAUCACAAACACAGGCAAUAUCAGCAUCUCAGCAUGUACAACAAAAAACAUCUAUGUCUCAACAGCAACAGCAAAUACAACAUCAGCAGGUAACUACAGUGGGAUCUAAAGUACAAUCAAGUAACGAAUCUCGUAAUAGUGCAUCGGGUAAUAGCUCUCAAACGGUCACUAACCCAAAUACCGCGGCUACUGUCUCUCAUUCAAUGCCACCAUCAAUUCAAAGAUCAACGUCGGGGACAGCGACAGUUUCUUGUGAAGCUAACGUUGAUAAUGCGUUACAGAAACAACAUCAGACUAUUAACCAAGUACAACCAACAGUGCCUCAACAAAUGAUGUCACAAGUAAGCCGUACAGUACAGCUAUCUCAGGGUACCGCACCCCAACACAAAGUGCCUUUAGUCGAAGUUAAAAAAGAAUUACACGAUGAAGUCUUCUCCAGCGGUAGUACAAGUAAUGCUCCCAUGCAACAUCAGCAGCAACAACAACAACAACAACAACAACAACAACAACAACAACAACAACAACAACAACAACAACAACAACCACAACAACAGCAACAGCAGCAAAACGAUACCAAAGACGUGCUAUGUGCCAAAGAAGAAAUCAUGGAAUAUUUGAACGAUGAUAAAACAGAUCUUAAAAAGUUAAAACGGCGACAAUAUCAGCAAAAGCGCCGACAACAAAGCCAAGGAAAAGAUGCUUCAAUGCCACUUCAAAAGAAAAAAGCGAGAAAAAUUUCCCGCUUAGAUGAGGAUUACGAUACAUUCGUUGAGAAUAUUAUGACUCACCUACGACAAAUGCCUCCAUUAGUUGUUGCUGAACCUAAUCUCGCUGUUAAUUACAACGUUUGUCCGGUAUUUGGCAGCGGAGAUUUAACCAAAUUUGGAAAUCCUGCUGAAUAUAGUACCAGAAUUGGCGAACUCACCGGUUCUUAUGGAAAUGCUCGUGUCAAUGGUAUUUCCGAUUAUUAUAACACACGGCCCUAUGGUGAAUUAGAACCUCUGCCACCGCUUCCACCGGUUUCAAGUCAAAGAAGUUUUUACGAGCAAGAAUUUCCACCGCUUAAAUUUGAUGAUGCAGAUAAGAAAGACCCUCAAAUUGGACGGGAUAUUGAUACUCCGGAUACAAUAGUAAGUUCGUCAUCACCGGAAUGCGUUAUGCCUGAGUUCACCAAUAAGUUCCCAGGCUUAAAGUUGAUUGAGUCUGACUCGGAUGAAGAAAGUGAAUGGAUGAGACGAGUAUCACCAGUCAUACCAAUUGUUUCUCCAAUUCCAAUUAGAUUGAAGCCUGGACAUAUCCGAGACAUAUCUAAGUAUGAUAAAGAAAACCUUGGUACCAACAGAACUACUAAACCGGUACCUGCAAGUAUCACGGAAAAUGGAAACGUUGCAGUGACUCUCACUUUGAAUACCCAAGCAGCUGGCGACAUAAUGGGAGUUCUCAAAGAUCUCGCGAACAUACUUAAUAUUGCACCACCGAACAAUUACCAAAUUAUUGAACGAACAACUACUCCUCCUAACCAAAAGUUGGGCUUGUACAGAAUAAAAGGAAAAGAUGGAAAGGAAGGAGUACCCAUUGAUAUACAAAGCAUAUUAAAUGGCGCGGCCAAAUUUUGUCGUCAUUGCGACGUCGUAAUUCUUAAUAGUUUAAUACGCAAAAGAGUAUCUGAUUUACCAUUUUUGAAUAAAGAAGAAUUUGAGCCAGAUGAUGAAUUAUAUUUCUGUUCUGCAACGUGUUAUAUGCAAUUCGCAUUAAUGCACAGGAGUCCAAGCAAUAAUCUUGAAAAGGCUGCUGCAAUAGUUGAUCAUUUGAGUCAAAAAACAUCAGAUGUAACUCUAGUUGAUGAUUUGAAAGAUAUACAAGAAAAACAAAAAUGUUUCUUGAACCGACCCAUAGGAUCAGUUCCAUCAGAACCAAUGGAUAUCGAGCCAAUAAACUCACAAAUAGAAACUAAAUUGAAAAAUGAAAAGGACGAAUCCGAAUUACCGCAAAAUGAUACAAACGAAGAAAAGAAACCUAAAAAACAUUCUAUCGCAGAUGAUGGCUCAGAAUCUCAACCUCCAGCGAAAAAAUGGAAGGACAUGCGAUAUAUGAAAUUUAAAUCUGGCUCGUUAAAACCAGCAACUAAGUAUAAAGCAGUACCUGAUCGCGAAAUAACUGAUAGUAUGUUCAAAAUGAAAAUCACUGUUAGCUUACCACAAGAUAUCGACGAUGUCCGUCGUUGCAUAUUUUGUCACAUCAUUGGCGACGGUCCAGCUGAUGGUACUGGUAGACUUCUUAAUUACGACGUCGAUAAAUGGGUUCAUUUGAAUUGUGCAUUGUGGUGUGAACAAGUUUAUGAAACGGUAAACGGUGCAUUAAUGAAUCUGGAGCAAGCUAUGGCUACUGCUAAAUCUACAGUUUGCAUUUUAUGUAAUCAAACUGGAGCUACGGUAAAAUGCUUUAAAAAUCGUUGCAACAGUCACUACCAUCUUGGCUGUGCAGUCAGAGAUGGCUGCAUUUUUUAUAAGAAUAAGACCACAUUUUGCCCCCAACAUGUACCGAAAAAUGAGAAAGAUAGUGAACUGACAACACUUGCCGUGUUUAGAAGAGUUUAUGUGAAUCGUGAUGAGAAUAAACAAGUGGCAGCUGUGAUGCACAAUUCAGACCAUAACAACUUGCUUCGAGUAGGCAGUCUCAUAUUCUUAAGCGUCGGACAACUUUUACCGCAUCAAUUAUCCAACUUCCAUACAUCAAAUUACAUCUAUCCAGUUGGUUACAAAAUUGUAAGAUUUUACUGGAGCAUGCGACGACCAAUGAAACGUUGCCGGUAUAUUUGCUCUAUUCACGACGUGUCAGGACGACCGGAGUUUCGAGUUUUAGUACAAGAAGAACAGCAAGAAGACAUGGAACUUCGUGACGCCUCCCCAAGAGCCGUUUGGAAUCGUAUUUUGGAGCCACUUGUAGAACUGCGCCGCCAAAACGGGCUCAUACAACUUUUCCCUCGGUGGGUCACUGGCGAAGAUCUUUUUGGUUUAACGGAACCUGCCAUCGUUCGAGUUCUCGAGAGUUUACCCGGAGUUGAAACCCUCACAGAUUAUCGGUUCAAAUAUGGACGUAACCCAUUGCUAGAAUUGCCUCUUGCAAUCAACCCAAGUGGUUGUGCCCGUACAGAAGCACGACUGAAAAACCAAUUACCGUGGAAGCGACCUCACACUCAAAGAACAUUAUCUUCUGCUAGGAAUGCUAAUAAUGCUCCUGCUACGAACACUGGUUCUGGUGAAUUGUCUGGUCCUUAUACGAAACAGUUCGUUCACAGUAAAAGUUCUCAGUAUAAAAAAAUGAAACAAGAUUGGAGGAAUAAUGUAUAUCUUGCCCGAUCAAAAAUUCAAGGUUUGGGACUCUAUGCAGCUCGUGAUUUAGAAAAGUACACCAUGGUAAUCGAAUAUAUUGGAGAAAUAAUUCGUUCGGAGCUAGCAGAAACUCGGGAAAAGCUCUACGAAGCAAGAAAUCGAGGCAUCUAUAUGUUCCGACUCGAUGAAAAUCGCGUUGUUGAUGCCACAUUAUCGGGAGGUCUUGCACGCUACAUCAAUCAUUCGUGCAAUCCAAAUUGUGUAGCUGAAACAGUUGAGGUUGAAAGGGAUUUGAGAAUAAUUAUAUUUACUAAGAGAAGAAUUGUGCGUGGUGAAGAGCUGGCGUACGAUUACUUGUUUGACAUAGAAGAUGACCAGCACAAAAUACCGUGCGCAUGUGGGGCGCCUAACUGCCGCAAGUGGAUGAACUAAAAGAACUCCACCGUUGUUAUUUGUUGCUACGUUGUUUGAGUGGGGUUUCUAUUAAAAGGGAAAAGAAAGAGAGAAAAAUUAUAUAUAUAUAAAAAAUUAUAUAUAUAGAUAUAUAAAUAUAAAGAAAAAUAGGCAUUAUUUAAUUUGUAAAGUGCCAUUGCGAGGUUCAAUUUAAAUCAAUUUUAUAUAGUUGGUGCUAUGCCAUCAAGACAUUCCUCCAAAGUUGUAAAAUAUUAGUUUAACUUUAUAUCAAAACCAGAGAGAAAUGAAUUAUCUGUAUAUUAUUAAUGACUAUCAUGAAAUAAGAAAAUAACUUGAUGAAUUUAAAUGAGAGCCUGAUGACGUAAUUUUUAUGUGCGUAAAUAAGCUCACAAAUCGUGUAUUAUUGUGUAUACUAGAAGAAAGCGAAAGAAGUUUGUAUCUUUGUAUGUUAUAAAAUUAAUUUCGACUAGUAUUGUCGAGCGUGUUGUAAUAUAGAAAUUGAUUAAGUAUUAUUGCAUACACAUCGCACCACAUGAAUAUGUACAUAAGUAGAAACAUACAUUAUUUUGAGCCACAAGAAAAAAAGAAUUAUGUGAAUUGUAAAUUACUUUAAUAUAUCAUUGUAAACUAUAAAACGAGAAUAAAACCGUAUACAAUUUAAUAAAAA